UCUGGGAAGAUGGCGGCGGCCAUGAGCGUGAAUAGGUUUGCUGGCGUCUUUUGCCUAACAAAAUUAAACUUACUAAACGUUUUAUUAUCUAUAUUCAUUGUUUUACGUGGUAGUCUUGUCCAAUCAGUUCAGGUUCCAGGACCGAGGGGUGUCUCAUUAUCGAGAGCAUCUCUGUAUGAUCCGAGCAGAGAUUUUACAUGUUUCGACGGGACACAAACAAUAUCGUUUAGCUACGUGAAUGACGAUUACUGCGACUGCCCUGACGGUUCUGAUGAGCCAGGUACACCUGCUUGUUCAGAAGGAUAUUUUCACUGCACAAAUACUGGCCAUAGGCCGAUUAAUAUCCCAUCCUCUAGAGUAAACGAUGGGAUCUGCGAUUGCUGCGAUGCAAGCGAUGAAUAUAACAGCACGGCUGACUGUACUAACAUAUGCACGGAUUUGGGCCGUCAUGCCCGGGAAGAGCAAAGGCGUCAACGGGAGCUCCUCAUCAAGGGCUUUGAGCUUCGCUUGCAGAUGUGCAAGGAUGGCAAGGAGACCAAGGCUUUGAGCAAGGCUAAGGUUGAGCAGCUCAAGUCCGAGUUAGAAGAAGCCAGAAAAGUGAAGGAGGAGAAGGAAGCCCUGAAAAAAUUGGCCGAAGACAAGGAAACAGAGGCACUCAAGAAAUACAGAGACAUCGAAGAUGAAAAGAAGCGGGAGCAAGAUGAACUGGAGUUGAAGAAGCAUCAAGAGGAAGAGAGGAAUAAUGCGGAAGAGGCAUUCAACGACCUCGAUCUCAACAUGGAUGGAGUUCUUACCGUUGAUGAGCUUCAGAAGAAUCCCGUCUUUGACCAGAACCACGAUGGCACAGUAUCUGUUGAUGAGGCCAAGUUUUUCCUGCACAUGAAAGAAGAGAUGGAAGUGGAGGAAUUUGUGACGACUGGUUGGAUGAUCAUGAAACCCAUAUACACUAUGAGCAAGGUAACCCCGCUUCCAGCACCCCCUGAGGUGACCACACCGAUGCCAUUUUUACAAAAGGAGGAGGAAGAAGUAGAGCAGCAGCAUGAAGUAGAGGAGGAUAGUGAGGAUACUAGGCAAGAUGACACGGAGGAGGAUGAGGAGGAUGACCUUGAACCUCCAGAAUUCCCACCCAAAGAGAAGGAGGAGGAGGAGGAAGAAGAAGCCUCUCCUGAGCCUAUAAAGAAGGAGGAGGAAGAGUCCAAAUAUGACCCUGAGACUCAGGCACUGAUUGAUGAGGCAAAGGCAGCUAGGGAGCAGUUCUCCUCCGCAGAUGAGAAAUUUAGGAAUGUUGAAAACGAAAUCAGACGACUGGAAGGUGUGCUCGGCACAGAUUUUGGUCCCGAAGAAGAAUUUGCAUCUUUAAAAGACCAGUGCUUCGAGUUUACAGACCGAGAGUACGCUUACAAGCUGUGCAUGUUUGACAAGGCAUCACAAAGACCAAAGUCUGAAGGGACAGAGACUAGUCUGGGGCGUUGGGGUUCGUGGUCUGGUUUGGAUGACAGCAAGUAUUUGCACCAAAAAUACGAGGGUGGCACGUCAUGUUGGAAUGGCCCUUCCCGUUCUACUGUUGUAAAUAUCCACUGCGGACUCCAAAACGAACUCACUUCGGCCUCAGAGCCAAGUCGUUGUGAGUACAUGUUUGAUUUCACGACGCCUGCGGCAUGCCGCACACGACCUGCACCAGAAGAGCAGGAACAUGUGCACACAGAACUGUGAGGUGGUGUGUCUCAUUAUUCACUUCUACUGCGGAACCUUCUACUCAAAGGGGAAAAAAAAAGAAGCGAAGACAGCCAUAUGUCUCUGGGUGUGGUGUCAUACCUUUCGUUCCUGUUUCUUGUGUGGCAUCAUCUGGGGGGAUUUUCUUGUACGUACAGAAAUUAGUAGGCUCAUAAAUGUUUGGUUCUCGUUUUGGUAAUUUGUGGUGAAAGACAGAGUUGAAUUUAAAUAGAUAGGUUAACAUUUAUUUGUUACAUUGUUUUUGGAACUUACAAUGUGCUUUGCCUUCAAUCAUCGGCACACCUUUCACGUAUCUUCUUUAUUUUUUACAAGAACUGACACCAGCUUUGUGGCAUUGAUGUUUGUACAAACAAAUUUUCUGGUACUUUACUCUGGAGUAAUUUUGAAUAAAUUCUACGGCAAGCUUUUCUACGCAGAAAGGACAAGAAUGAGAUAAUUUUUGAAGGAAAUAUGCAUUGAAAAUUCCUUGGGGGAGAAAGAGCCUGUGGUUAUGAGGACAUAAGUAUUCUCUUGCCAUUCCAUAUGUUCCUGAGAGGCAUACCAACGGUGAUUAUUUGAAUAAAGUUACGUAUUUAUUUCCUUA